GCCGGUUGUCAUGCCCAGCAUGCUUUGAUUCUGGGCUGCAGGAAAAGGAAGCAAGGCUUGGAAGCUUCUGGAAUUCUCUAGUUCUAUGGACAGAUUUCGAGACUUCUCUUGGAAGGUUACAGUGGAGGAGAGUGGGGGUUAGUAUGCCGCCAGAAUCAGCCAGCAUUAGCAACAAUCCAGUCCAAGCAACAUUUAUACCGCCGCGGAGAGUGACGUGCUGCCGCGGCGGACUCCAAAGCGUAUAUUAUACCGAAACCGCCUCACAGUCACAGCGUCCUAUAACAUUUCGAUUCCGUCGAAUGAGAUUCAGUGGCCCAACCCAAGACCAGGAAGCUUCCCUCACUUUUUGUUCCUUCUUCGCGUCGCUCUCUUUCUACUCCUUCGCUUCGCCUUUCCUUCGUCCUCUCUUUCCAACACCAACACACACUCUCUCUGGUUCUCAUUCGCUUCUUCGGACUGUUCGGGCCUUCUGCUUCACCGCACUGAUGAUUCAGGUUGUGGAAGGAAAUUCCUUUCUUCCUGCAUUAGAAGAUGAGGCAAUUGAAGUUGAGUGCCUACUUGUGGAACCUAAAGAUGAUCAUCUUUCAGUGGAUCACAUCUUAGGUUUUGAUAUGGAAAAUCCCAGCAAAUGCAUGGCAAUUGAAAAUCUUCCAUGCAAAUUUGGUUGUCUGGAUUCAGAUGCUACUCAGAAAGGGGAAGAUGAUAUGAAACUGGAAGUAUUAGAGGUAAUGCCAUGCAAAGUUGGUAUGGUGGAAAUUCUUGAAGCCGCAAAUGAUGCUAGCAGUACAUGUGAUGAUUAUCUUCUAGGUGAACCUUCUUAUUAUAUUGAAUUUGCUGAAAGAGUUCCCAAAUCAGAUUGUAAUUCCAGUGAAGCAUUGCAUUCAGGGAAUUCAGGUUUAGAACAUCAGAUUCCAGGGUUUGGCAGAACUGCUGAUAGAGCUCUUGGGAUGUCUACAUCACUGGAAACAUUUGUUCGGAUGCCUGAAUGCCAUAAUGAUCUACUUGAAAAUAAUAUUUGCAAAUUAGAUGGUGUCUUUGGCUGCUACUGUGAGUGUAAAACACCAGUUCCUGACAGUCUUUCUAUGCAACUCCCUACCUCAUUUGAUUUAGCAAAGGUCAACCAGUUGGAAGAGGUUUCAGAUUUCUUGGAAGAAGGUGUCUUCUCUUCAAGUGAGAAGCAAAAUGAUAAAAAUUUGACUCAUGGUCUUACCGCAGGGAACCUGUCUAGUACAACAGUUCUGGUAGAAAACAUUGCUUAUCCAGGAGAAAAAGGUGUAGAACAAGAACCUGAUGUUAAAGAUGUAUUGAGAAACAAUCCUGCUGGGGCUGACCAAAUAGAGACACUCCUCACAGAAAAGAGAUUGCGUAAGCCUACUAGGAGAUAUAUUGAAGAAUCAUCGGACCUUAAUUCAAGAUGUAUUAGGAGAAGAUGUGAGGUUUCUGCUUCUAUUUCAGAAGACAAGUUCAUGGAAAGUAGACUUCACAGGGAUCAUGAUAUUGGAUCCAGAGCAAUGAUGUUGGUUCCUGAGGAGUCUCGUCAUGAUGCUGGUAGUCAAGUGCAGCAUGGUUCUGGAGUUUGCAAAGACCAUUUGGAUGAACAUUUGCCCACAUUGGGAGCAAACUAUGAAAAUGAACCUUCUCCAGAUGAUUCAGAAGAUGAAUGCACGACAACAGUAAGAUCAGAAUAUUAUGGUGGUCAGAGGAAGCAUCAUAGACCUUGGAAGCUCUCUGAGGUAACAAGGUUAAUUGAGGGUGUUUCUCAGUGUGGAGUUGGAAAAUGGACUGCAAUAAAGAGGCUCCUAUUCUCAUCAUCUGCUCAUCGGACACCCGUGGAUCUCAAAGACAAAUGGCGGAAUCUUUUAAGAGCUAGCUGUUCACAGAAUCAGCGCAACAGAGAAGAUGAGCAAAACCAAAAGCAUGCCUGGCAGCCCUUACCGAAAUCUGUGCUUCGCCGUGUCAGUGAACUGGCCAUCAUUCAUCCAUACCCCAGGGACUGCAAGGCCAAGCUCUCAUGUGUUCGCCAUGUCUCCUCUUCCACUCUACCGCUCAACCACAGAAUUCUGGGCACAAGGACUUGAACAUGGAGGACUUAGUCAACUGCAGCAGGACAAUAUACUGGAGAACGUGUGUGUACCUUAGUUCUGAUUACUUUGGAUUUGAGUCUGACAUGCAUAUAAACAUAGUGUGGAAUCUUUUGAAGGCUGGCCUUGCCAUCAUGAAAUUCAUAUUAAAGUUUCAGGUUGAGUCUGACGUACAGAAACAUAAUAAUGUGAAAUCUGUUGAAUGCUGGGCGCGUAAUGCAACUUCUCCUUUUUUUU